AUGACGAGGCGCAAUACCGGCGCCUGGCUGGCACCACUCGUGCUGCUGGCAACGUUGGGAGGCGCCUCUGUGCCCACUGGCCUGGACAUGAAGCUGCUCAAGGAGGUGACGUCGGGUCCGGUGGACAACCAUGUGAUCGCACCGUUCCUGAUAUCGUUGCUGAUGUCGCAGGUCUGGCUGGGCGUCGAAGGUACCACCAGAGCUGAGAUGACGCCUGUGCUGGGAAUGUCCGGCCCAUACGACAGAUCCUUCCUCGGCGGCUACCGUUCGGCCUUGGCGGUCUUGUCGAAAAACAGCAACGGCAUCACGGUGUCACGGUUCAGCAGGAUCUAUCACACGCACAGGUACAGCGUGCGUCGCAUCUUCAGCGACCUGCUGGCGAACUUCUACGGGUCUGGAGUGGAGUUGUUGCCCAGAGACGCCAGGAAGGCUGCCCAGGUCAUCAACAAGCAGGUGUCGGUAGCAACGCGCGGACGCAUCAGGGGCCUGGAGAACACUGCCGACCUCACCUACGCUGCACUGGUGCUCAUCAGCGCUGUGCAUUUCAAGGGCACUUGGCUUUAUCGCUUCAAGAAGGACGGGCAGAAGUCGUUCUUAACGUCGUAUGGUGAUCGGAGGAUAGACAUGAUGAAGGUGGAAGCGAGGCUUGGCAUCGCCGGCCAGCCAAACUUUGAUGUAGUGGAGUUGCCAUACCAAAACCAAGAUUACAGCUUGUUGGUGCUGCGCCCGCGCUUUCGAACCCUGGGUGCCGUGGCCACGGUCCGCAAGUCUCUGGACAGCCUGAACGUGACCUGGCUACACAGCCAGCUGCAUCAGACGAAGGUACGUGUAGUGAUGCCGUCCUUCAAGCUCGAGCGUGGCUAUGAGCUGCCCUUCUACAUGAAAAACCUGGGCAUCAAGCAGAUUUUCCACCAGGCGUCAAAUUUCCGCGGCAUGUCGACGGACAAGAUGUUUGUCAGCAACAUCAUCCACAAGGCGGUGAUGGAGUGGACCGCCGUCGGUCUGCCGCUAGUAGACCACCGUCUGUCUGUCACCGAUGAACUACCGUCUGUCUGCCGCUAG